AUGGUCGACACCGUCAAUCGCAUCAUGAACAACCUCUCCUCCGAGGCCCCCAUCAUGGCGAACCACAGCCUCUACGAUUCCUCGCUUCCGCCGCUGCCGGCCUACUCGCUCGAGCCCAAGCCCGACCUGUUCCCCUUCAUCUCCGACCUCUGGCUGUCGCUGGUGCUGCCCGUCAUCGUCUACUGGGUCAUGUCGCUCCUCUUCCACUCCAUCGACAUGCUCGAUCUCUUCCCUCAGUACCGCCUCCAUACCCCGGAAGAAAUCACCAAGCGCAACCACGCGACUCGCUACGAGGUGGCCCGCGAUGUCAUCAUCCAGCAAAUCAUCCAGGUCACGACGGGAUAUGCGCUUGCCGUCACUGAGCCGCAGGAGAUGAUUGGCAAGCAAGACUACGACAUUGCUGUCUGGGCCACCCGCAUCCGCCUUGCCCAGCGCGCCCUGCCCGGCCUGCUCGGCCUUGUCGGUCUCAACGCGACGGCCAUCUCCAAGACCAUGUCGUCUUCCUAUCCCCUGCUUGCUGGUGUCUUGGCAGGUGGCUACUAUCCCGUAUCUACGACUGGCUCGGCCGAUGCUACCCCGACAUUCACUGCGUGGGAGAUGACUCUCGCAAAGGCCAUCUACCAUGUCUUCGUUCCCGCCCUCCAAUACUUUGUUGCCAUCUUCAUCCUUGAUAGUUGGCAAUACUUCCUUCACCGGUUGAUGCACGUCAACCGCUGGCUGUACAGUAAGUCUAACUCCAUCGUCUCGCUCACCAACACAUUGUUGACCAUUCCUCUCUUUGCAGCUACUUUCCACUCUCGCCACCACCGUCUCUACGUCCCUUAUGCUUACGGCGCUCUGUACAACCACCCUAUUGAGGGAUUCCUUCUCGACACCCUCGGUGCUGGCAUCGGAUUCAAGGUGACCGGCAUGUCUCUGCUCCAGGGCACAUGCUUCUUCUCCUUCUCAACCAUCAAGACCAUUGAUGACCACUGCGGAUACUCCUUCCCCUGGGACCCCCUUCAGCUCAUCACGAGCAACAAUGCCGCCUACCACGACAUUCACCACCAGACUUGGGGAAUCAAGGCCAACUUCUCGCAGCCCUUUUUCACCUUCUGGGACCAGCUCCUGGGAACCAAGUACAGUGGAAAGCGCUCCAACACGCCUAUCGGCAGGAAGCAGGCUGAGAAGGCCCAGUAA